AUGGAUGGAUUAAAUCGUAUAAAAAGUGUGAAAUUCAUCAGUCAGCGAAGUGCCUACAUUCCUUUAAUACUAUUAUUAUUAUUAUUAUUAUUAUUAUUAUUAUUAUUAUUAUUAUUAUUAUUAUUAUUAUUAUUAUUAUUAUUAUUAUUAUUAUUAUUAUUAUUACUAUUAUUACUAUUAUUAUUAUUAUUAUCAUUAUUAUUUACUCUGCUUCAUUUCACCAGCAAUUCACACGGUUCCAUUGACUCGUACAUGGUUCAUCGCCAGCUCAUAGUUCAUACUCAUCAGUUAAUCGGACCCGGACGCGUCGGCGGAGUGGACGAGAACGCGUGCGGAGCGAGGAGGACGCAGGCGGGCAGCGAACUGUCACCGCGGCGGCGAACCUUCCGACGCCAUGCAAUGGUUAUAUCAGACCGCGUACGCAUAGUACACGAUGACACGUCUACCGAGGUGGUCCCGCGACGAUUAGAACGAGAUGUUGAAUCGGCGUCCGUGGGCCGUGUGCUAGUGUUCGUGAAUCCGAACUCUGGUUCAGGGAAAGGUGUGAAAACGUUCCGUCACCGAGUGGAACCACAACUGAAAAAGAAUCAUAUCGACUAUGAGUUGAUUAUUACAAAUGGACCAAAUCAUGCGAAAACGAUUGUACGAUCACGUGAUGACCUUUUAAAGUUCAAUGGUGUGAUCAUCUUAUCCGGCGACGGCCUCGUAUUUGAGGUAAUAAAUGGAUUAUUUGAACGAUCUGAUCGUACCAGUAUUAUACCGUGCUUACCGAUUGGCAUCGUGCCAAGCGGAUCCGGUAACGGUCUUCUCUGUUCGCUUCUUUUCAGUCGUGGGGAACCAUUGAAGAAUCCGAAAUUCACCGAAAGAGCUAUUGAAAUCAGUUGUUCACCGUCUGCAAACGCUCAAGCGGUGAAUCUGAUCCACGUACAAACGGACAAAUCCAACAUGGCUGCAUUUCUUAGUGUUGGAUGGGGCCUUAUGGCCGAUAUUGAUAUCGAAAGCGAAAGGUGGCGAAAAUCGUUAGGGUCGAAUCGAUUUGUUCUUGGAGGACUGAUAAGAGCGCUAAAUUUACGCACUUAUCGUGGACGCUUAGCGUAUAAACUUUGUGCGGGAGGAAAACGAGGGACGAGUACAAAUUAUGACAUAUACGGGAAAAAUAUCGGUGAAAGGAUGUUGAACUCCUCACGGAACAGCAGUGAGGAAGAAAUCAGCCUCUCACAUCGUCCUUUGGAUGCGAUUUGGCGAUCGUUACAUAGCGAGCGGGUCAGUGAUGUGGAGGACGAGAUUCCGCAAAACUGGACCGUGAUCGAGGACGAGUUCAUCAGUGUCUAUGCGGUUACUGUAUCGCAUAUUUCAAACGACGGACCGUUUGCACCAAAAGCGUACAUGGACGAUGAUAGGAUCUACCUGACGUACAUCCUUCAGAAGGAUUUACCUGGUCGACUGAGUCUCAUCAAGUAUCUGACAGCGAUCGAGUCACAGAAACACCUGGAUCUCCCGUUUGUUCAGGCAAUAGAAGUGUCCGCGUUCCGAUUAGAACCGUUAGAUUCUGGAUCGUAUGUGGUCGUUGACGAUUUACGCACUUAUCGUGGACGCUUAGCGUAUAAACUUUGUGCGGGAGGAAAACGAGGGACGAGUACAAAUUAUGACAUAUACGGGAAAAAUAUCGGUGAAAGGAUGUUGAACUCCUCACGGAACAGCAGUGAGGAAGAAAUCAGCCUCUCACAUCGUCCUUUGGAUGCGAUUUGGCGAUCGUUACAUAGCGAGCGGGUCAGUGAUGUGGAGGACGAGAUUCCGCAAAACUGGACCGUGAUCGAGGACGAGUUCAUCAGUGUCUAUGCGGUUACUGUAUCGCAUAUUUCAAACGACGGACCGUUUGCACCAAAAGCGUACAUGGACGAUGAUAGGAUCUACCUGACGUACAUCCUUCAGAAGGAUUUACCUGGUCGACUGAGUCUCAUCAAGUAUCUGACAGCGAUCGAGUCACAGAAACACCUGGAUCUCCCGUUUGUUCAGGCAAUAGAAGUGUCCGCGUUCCGAUUAGAACCGUUAGAUUCUGGAUCGUAUGUGGUCGUUGACGAUUUACGCACUUAUCGUGGACGCUUAGCGUAUAAACUUUGUGCGGGAGGAAAACGAGGGACGAGUACAAAUUAUGACAUAUACGGGAAAAAUAUCGGUGAAAGGAUGUUGAACUCCUCACGGAACAGCAGUGAGGAAGAAAUCAGCCUCUCACAUCGUCCUUUGGAUGCGAUUUGGCGAUCGUUACAUAGCGAGCGGGUCAGUGAUGUGGAGGACGAGAUUCCGCAAAACUGGACCGUGAUCGAGGACGAGUUCAUCAGCGUCUAUGCGGUUACUGUAUCGCAUAUUUCAAACGACGGACCGUUUGCACCAAAAGCGUACAUGGACGAUGAUAGGAUCUACCUGACGUACAUCCUUCAGAAGGAUUUACCUGGUCGACUGAGUCUCAUCAAGUAUCUGACAGCGAUCGAGUCACAGAAACACCUGGAUCUCCCGUUUGUUCAGGCAAUAGAAGUGUCCGCGUUCCGAUUAGAACCGUUAGAUUCUGGAUCGUAUGUGGUCGUUGACGAGGAAUGUCCCGUCUUCGCGACCCAGCGGAAUAUAUAUCGAAAGCAAAACAUAAUCACAUGGGGAAUCGACGAUAGAUGGUCUAAAAGAAAAGGCAUCGCAAGAGACGAAGGAGAUCGCAACGAGGUGUUAGUGCAUGGACUGGAAAAGCUGAGACUAGCUGGUACGGCUCAAGGACCUGUAACGUCACUCACGAAGCUUGAGAGCAUCUUGGAUGAUAAUGGCGAGGGAACGAAACGAGUGGAAGAGAUGCUGGGGCCUGCACGUCCAGUGAAAACGGGCCAUCUAAGUAUCUAA